GUAUUUUGGGAAAUAGUCUAGGCAAAAUUUUUCAAGCUUCACCUCGAUAUCUUUUUAGAUUUCGAAGCAGAUAUGGUAAAUGCAGAAUGCAUUUUUAUCGGCGGAUUAUACAGUAACUCGGAAGAGACCUUUCAAUCGUGUCAAUCUGUCAAAAUUGCCCCGACUUUUCGCGAUUUUUAGUGAAAAAGUGGAAACUUGAGGGAUUUUCGAGUUUUUGAAAUGGCAGACUCCAAAUAUGCGGAUCUUCCCGGGAUUGUCUACAAUCAAGUAGACGUCUACGAGACCACGGAGUUACCCGAGAGCGAGCAGUUCCCUGCGUACAGCGAGGAUGAGUCUGAGGCAAUUGAAAAACUCCACGUCAAUGCGACUGAGGCCUUUGGAAAAUUCAAGGGAAAACAUGUCGUCACUACUGGAGUCGAUUUCUCUGACAGAAUUUCUAGGAGAAAUAGAACUGGUUUUGGGGUGUGGGAGCUGCCAGGGGACGAUGAGAAAGAGACACCAAUGCAGAAGUACGAGAGACUGCAGUGUGAGAUCAAAGAAUUGUACGAUGAACUCAGCCAAAUCAAGGAGAAAGCACAGCAGGAGGAGGAGUCCAGGAAUGCAGCUGACAUUCUAUCCCACGUGGAGGAAGCUGGAAAACAGCUGAACAGCUUGAAAUUGUACGACUGCCUUGGGACUGAUCUCGUGACGACUCUCAUGGAUCCUCAGGGCAUGAGACUAAAGCAAUUGGAAACGCAAAUAGAGCAGUUUAAAUCAGCUGGCAUCCCUGAAAAGGAAAGAAAAGGCGAUUCAAACGAAGCUGAUGGCACAAAGGGAUUUUUAAAGUACGAAAUGAUGUACCUACCUGAAAAAGCGAGAAUGCAGGAAGUGGCGAGAAUUUCUAAUCUAGAGCAACGAUUGGCGAAAUUGGAGUCUGUUAUCGGGACCAGCGAUGAUAAACUUUCGAAAUUCACCCAGAAUUUGAAGUCUCAAGGGAUUGUGGAGUCAGUUCAGAAGUUGUCAGCAAAGUCGUCACUCCUGGACAGCAGUCAGAUUGAAGCUAUGGAGAGCAGGAUAGCGACACUUGCUCACAGAAUGGACGCAGUGGCACAGAAGAAGUCAGCACUCCCUCCAGAGACCGAUCGAGACCAGAAGAUCAGUGAGAUGUACGAGAUCGUCAAGAAGACUGAAGCUAUCUCCCAGAUUAUCCCACAGACCGUGGACAGGAUGAUUGCACUCAAUGCUGUGCAUCGCAGAGCUGGAGAAUUCAGUCAGUCUCUCGCCCAACUCGAGGAGCUCCAGACGCAAAUAUCAAACAGUCUUGAGAGCAACAAAUCAGUCCUCAAAGGAGUUCAGGAGAGUUUUGCCACGAAUCUCCAAGUGAUUCAAAAGAACAUCGUAGCUCUCGAGGAACGUGUCAGUAAUCUAAAGAAGUGAUUCUACUCUCUCCUAAGUCACCGAUUGCGCACUAAUUAUUUUCAUUACUUUCACUUCACGAUAAAAUCGCUUCGAUUAUUUGGAAAUAAAAUGAAGAAUGAGAAAAAAAACGUAUUUAUCACAUUACUCGACAGCACAGUGUAAAUAAAUGUUGAAAAUUGUCAUGAUUUUGAAUUUUUUCAUGUUUAGUUCGACGAAUCACUCAAUUCUUUUUGUACUAAUAAAUUGAUUAUUUGAAUGUUGAAUUGAAAUUUAAAUUAAAGGGAAGGGGAGAGUUGUGAGAUGGAUAUUUAAUAAAGAUGAAUGAUACUCAAUUUUUCGUGUUUUAAUUAGCUUUUUUUAUUUAAAAUCAAUUAGAAACGGAGCUUCUGGAAGAACCACUUGUUCUUGCCCAUUUUGUACCUGUGGAAAUGAAAAAUAAAAUCACAAAUUAGUUGACUGAAUAAUUAAAUAAUUUUUAAAUGUCAAAUGAAAUGAUUCUGUACUUUUUUCGUCUGGCAUUUCAAUCUAAUUUUGGAUUUCUUGAAAAAUUUGAUCGAGAAUAUGUUUUUCAAUUCGCAAGACUAAAGAUUGAUCGGAAUUCUUUACAGUAUUGAAUUUUAGGCCCAGGAAAAUUGAACAUAAUUACUUUGCGAAGAUAUGAUGAAUGGAAUUGAUUGAAUCAAUUUUUUUGAGUAAUUACCUCUCUUCGAAUUUAACUCGAGUUUGGAAUCGAACCUUCUUCCUCUUCAUGGGGUCUUUCAGGUCUUUGGGGGCUACCUUAUUGUCCAAAGGCAAGUCCACGGUGUAUCUCGUGGGCAUCAAGUGAUUGUAGUUGAGAAUCUGAAACAAAAUUACAACAUUUUUCGUUAUUAUUUGGACGACUUUAUAAAGAUGAAAAUGUGCAGGUUCUGGUAAUUGGAUAAUUAUCUAGAAAUUGAGUGGGUUUAGAAAAAAAUGUCUAGAGAUUGUUUUAAUAAUAUUGUAUUAAUAAUUUAGUAGUGAAGCGCUGAACUGUACAAGUCGAUUUUGACUA